ACUUGUUGUAAAUAAAGCUUUGGCAGAACGUGAGGGUGAGCAUUCUGGAUGGAGUGUCAUAUUUGCUAAAGGCAAUACCAUCUUCAGAGGAUAGCUAAUUUUGGACACACCAAGUCAAACCUAUUUUUAUAUCUAUAUUUAGCAUAACGGGUAUCGAGUAAACUUCUGAAAACAUGGCAGAAAGCGACUGGGAUACCGUGACUGUGUUAAGGAAGAAGGGGCCGACUGCUGCCCAGGCCAAAUCCAAGCAGGCCAUCACGACUGCUCAGAGGCGAGGGGAAGACGUUGAGACAACCAAGAAAUGGUCUGCAGGGCAGAACAAACAGCAUCUUGUGACAAAGAACACUGCAAAACUGGACCGGGAGACAGAGGAGCUUCACCAUGAAAGGGUUCCCUUGGAGGUGGGCAAGGUCAUUCAGAAGGGCAGACAGGACAGUGGCCUAACCCAGAAAGACCUGGCCACUAAAAUUAAUGAGAAGCCUCAAGUCAUUGCAGACUAUGAGUGUGGCAGAGCAAUUCCCAACAACCAGGUCUUGGGCAAGAUAGAGAGAGCAAUUGGGAUGAAACUGCGUGGGAAAGAUAUUGGCCAACCCCUGGAGGCAAAACCUAAGAAGAAAUGAACACAAAGCCUCGAAAUCAGCCCCACCUCCCCUUGCCCCUUAUUUCCCUGUAACUGAAACCUAAACCCCUUCCCCAUUUCACCUCCUCCUCAUCGCUCCCCCCUCCUUUCCUCUUACCUGGGCUGAUCGACUUGGGUCCUGCCUGAGGACCUGGGGUUCCCCCCCCCUGCAUAACAAGCUGCAUAUUGAUUAGUUGUCUGAAACACUCUCUUGACCACAAAAUCAGUCAAAUGAUCGAAUGCUUUUUUUUUUUUUUUUUUUGUCACAGACUCAACAUCCUUUGAGUUUAUUUUCAGCUAUGUCUGCUUAGGCCUGGGCAUGAUAAGUUCAACUUUUUGAUAAAUGUGAAAUCAUUUAAAGGUGAGUUCUUUUUCAUGACCAAACAGACUAGUUUGACUAACUCUAUUUCUGAGCAUGAUUUUUAAGCCAGAAGUGCUUGAUUGCAUCUUUUUCACGCACUUGAAACCAUGGGUGGAUGUCAUUACAGUCUGGAAAUGUUUUAACGCUGUGCUUUGUUUUAAUCUAAAAAUAAAGUUUGGCAGUUCAUUACA